AUGCAGUACCGACUCUUGACCGCACUCCUUGCUGGGGCAACCGCCGUCUUGGCAGAACCGGCUCCUGAGCCAACCGCUGCGCCUAGCGUCGAGAGGGCUGUGGCUAAGCGUGCCUCAAACGGCUCCUCCUGCACCUUCAGCGGGUCGGACGGCUACUCUGAAGCCAGUGCAUCCAAGUCCUCUUGUGCAACCAUCGUCCUGUCCGCUCUCACUGUUCCCUCAGGAACCACCCUGGACUUGACCGACCUUCCAGAUGACACUGAGGUUAUCUUUGAAGGCGAGACGGUCUGGGAGUAUGGGGAGUGGGAAGGUCCUCUGUUUGCAGUCAGCGGUACCUCGAUCACCGUAAUAGGUGCCGACGGCAGCUCGCUGAACGGCAACGGUGCUUCGUACUGGGACGGUGAGGGAAGCAAUGGCGGCAAGACGAAGCCCAAGUUUUUCCAGGCACACGACUUGACCACCUCGACGAUCCAGAACAUCAACAUUAUGAACCCUCCCGUCCAGGUGUUUAGCAUCAACGGUGUUCAAACACUGAGCCUCACUGGAAUCACCAUCGACGCCAAAGACGGUGACGACAAUGGAGGGCACAACACCGACGGCUUCGACAUUGGCUCAUCCGACGGCGUGACUAUUUCCGGCGCGACUGUGUACAACCAGGACGAUUGCGUUGCCAUCAACUCCGGCACUAACAUUGUUUUCACUGGUGGAUACUGCUCGGGCGGCCACGGACUCAGCAUUGGCUCCAUUGGUGGCCGUGACGACAACACCGUGUCUGGCGUGACGUUUGAGUCUUCCACCGUGACCAACUCGGACAACGGAAUUCGGAUCAAGACCAAGUCCGGAGAGACCGGAUCAGUUUCGGAUGUGACCUACAAGGAUAUUGAGCUGUCGAGCAUUGCCGAUUACGGAAUCAUUGUUGACCAGGCCUACGAUGGUGACGAGGCCACCAACGGCAUCACCAUCAGCGGCUUCACGCUUGACGGAGUUGCUGGCACUGUUGAUUCUGAUGCCGACUAUGCAAUCUACAUCAACUGUGGUAGCGACAGCUGCACCGACUGGACUUGGACUGACGUGUCUGUUACGGGUGCUGACGAUUCCUGUUCUAACCAGCCAAGCUCCAUCACUUGCUCGUAG